CUGCCCAGGAAUGCAAAAGGCAACAGUGCCGACUGGCAGGACUACCUCACUGCCGCUGGUUAUACAGUUUCUCGCGUUGACCGCGUGUUUAGGACGCUCCUUUCUGUACUUCUCUCUGACUUCUUAUGCGGUGAAGAGGUCAACCCGUCUAGUGAACACUUUGGAGUCACUAUUCCCGACGGCCUAGGUGCUAGGCGGUUUCUGAAGUCCGGUUUACAUGACCAGGCACCUGAUGCCUAUAACUUCAAGCCAGAAGACUCUGACAUGCCCGCUGGACAUUACUACCCCUGCCCCUCGAACCCUUCAGCAUACGGGAAGGAUCCUGGUAAGUAUCGUCUCCUAACCGUCGCGCCUGGCACGCCUAUACGUCUCGUAACUGAUGCCUGGCUGGUUGCUGCUCUUUUAGAUGCACUUGGCUCUAUUGACGGUUAUCCGGGCAGCGAAGAACAUUUACGUGAACUGGACGAAGACUACUGCAAGCCUGAGACCGCUUCCCAAAUAUUAGUGCGACCUCGGGGUCGACGACUGCCGUUUAACCUCUAUCAGGCCUAA